AUGCAUCAUGACGCUCUCCAGGCUUCUUUAAGCGAGUACGAAUUCAGCCGGAAAAUGGCGAUUCAGGUGGAAGAGGAUGAACACAAACUCGGUCAAUCAACGAAUAAUUUCAAUCUAUCGCAUCAUUUCAUUAAGGAGCAUCAAAUGUUGGUUCAAUUGGAUGAGUUACUCAUGAAAUGUGAAAGUCGAGAUGAAAACGAAGAGUGGCAUCAAUUGGGCCGUUGGAUUCGAUACGAAGAAGCAGUCGAGAAGGGCGCUCAACGCUUCGGAAAACCGAAAUUAUCAUCGUUGUCGUUUCAUGCUUUAUUGCAGCUGAGACACUGCUUCGAAAUAGGUGCCGUUAUGCUGGAUUUGAAUCUAGAUUCUUAUGAAAAUGUUUUCGAAGGAAUUGUUGAAGAAAUGGUACGAACUAAUACCGUUCACAGAACGGAUCGUGACCAUUUGCUUCAUCUGCUGAAAUUACCACGUCGACAUACAUUUCAACCAUCAUUUCAACCACCUGAAGGAACAUUACGGACGUUCGGACGUUAUUUUGGCUUUCGAGGCAAUAAAGAAUGUGAUAGUAAUGUGACUACGCAAAUGACAAACGGUCAGAACAUAUCGCCUAAGCGAGCAGCGCAUACCAGAAGACGUUCUGUUUUUCCUUGGGACAGAGCUCCCUGGAACACUGAAUUGCUCAAACGAUUGUCUACAGAUGCGGAGGCUGCUUCGGUGAGCGUCGGCACAUCGGCUAAAUUACGACAUUUGUGCAUCGCUUUUGUGCGUUUACAUCCCGAUACUUAUAUCGAAAACCAAGUGGAACUUCCUCUGCCUCUUAGGUAUUUGUUCGUAAUUUUGGGGCCUAUAACGCCAAAUCUUGAUUUUCACGAAAUCGGCCGUUCCCUAUGUGCACUUCUCGCGAACCGAUCCUUUCGAGACGCUUGCUCUUGUGCGCUUGAUCGUACGGAUAUCAUACAAGCUAUAAACGACUUUUUGGAUGAAUCAACGGUGAUCCCACCAGGCGACUGGGAAUUGGAUAAAUUUGUUGAGCACGAUUUUAUUCGUACGCAUCGUGUACGACACACACUCGGUUCAAGACGUCGUGCUCUUGUAACAAGACCCGUCGAACUUGAUCAGUAUCUGUUAGAUGAGGAGAAACGAAAGAAAAAUGACCCACUCAGAAGGACUGGCGUUGUGUUCGGUGGUCUUAAACGUGAAGUGCAAAAGCGAUAUCCUUAUUACAUAUCAGAUCUGACGGAUGCGUUCAAUUUACAGUGUGUACGAUGUGUUAUCUUCAUUUUUCUCACCUGUUUCUUUCCUGCCCUUACUUUUGGCGCAAUUAUCGGUGAAAUAACGAACGGUGAAAUUGGGAUGAUUGAAACGUUACUUGCUACGUCACUUGGUGGGAUUACAUUUGCACUUCUUUCAACUCAACCUCUUAUUGUAAUGGGUGUAGUUGGCUCGAUGCUCAUUUUUGAAGAAUCACUUUAUGAGUUCUCAUCAGUCAAUGGCUUCCCAUAUUUGGCAAUGCGAUUUUGGGUUUCUGUUUGGGCUUUUCUUUUUGCAGCGGUGGUCGUGUGCUUUGAAGGGUCAUUAUUGAUUCGUAACGUCACUCGUUUUUCGGACGAUAUUUUAUCGGCUCUCAUCUCAGUUAUUUUCUUUUCUGAGUGUAUUCGUUUUUUGUGGACAAUUUUCUCCGAGAAUCCUUUGAUGACUGCUGAGCAGUACUGUAAUUCAUCUCUUCAAGACAUGUUGCGAUUAGAUAACAAUUCAACGAGUUCAACUCGACAUUCAAAUGCUCAACCAAACACUGCACUCUUAGCCGUAUUUUUUACUGCUGCAACAUUUUUGAUCGCCUUCGCACUUCGUCGAGUUCGUAAUUCACGGUACUUCGGCAGACAGGUUAGGCGUGCGCUGGGUGAUUUUGGAUUGAGCAUUUCAGUUAUAUUAAUGGUUGUAUUUGAUAAGGUACUCAUUAGCGCUUCAACUCUUACAAGUACACUCAAUAUUACCAUCGAGCUUUUGCCAUCGGCAGAGCGUUCGUGGCUUGUGAAUAUAUUCGAGUGGCCUUCAGAGGGAACUCCAUUACCAAUGGCAGCCAUUCUUCCAGGAUUCCUUCUGUUCUUUCUUCUUUUCACUGAAACACUUGUCUGCGAAAUGAUGUUACUCAAUCCCCAACUGAAAGUUAAAAAAGGCACCGGUUAUCACUUCGACCUUCUACUUUCAGGUUUACUUCUGGUUGCAAACGCUCUGUUCGGUUUGCCGUGGUUGUGUGCUGCAUCAAUGCGUACCACAGCUCAUAUUCACAGCUUAACGCUCUAUCGACUUCGUGCACCUGGUCAGAAGCCAAGUAUUGUAGGCUUACGUGAGCAAAGACUUACCACUGUUGCACUUCAUGCGCUUAUCGGUUCAACGCUGUUGUUUCCAAGCGUUUUAAAGUCUAUUCCACAAUCAGUCUUGUUCGGUGUUUUCCUCUACCUCGGUGUUAUGAAUCUCACGUCAUCACAAAUGCUCUCACGUUCAAUUCUCUUUUUUGUUCCAGUCAAGUAUCAUCCGUCUGUUUCCUACUGUCUCAGAGUACGCACUUGGCGAAUGCAUGCAUUCACAACCAUUCAGCUAUUGUGUUUUAUCAUUGUAUGCUUUAUAAAAUCACACAAUUCGACUGCAUUCGCAUUUCCUUUGGCAGUACUGAUGGCCGUGGCUGUACGUCAGUUUCUUUUACCGAAGUUAUUCACGUCAAUCGAGUUGAUGGCACUCGAUGGUAUCGAUGAAGAACCGUCACAGGAUGGCGAUUUCUAUGAAGACAGUCGGAAGCCAGCUCUUCUAUCCUCUUUCAAUGUUGAUGAAACGUUUUAG